AUGACUAUCUCCUCGGUCUUCAUUGCGGCAGGAACAGUACUAGCAUGGCUUCAUCAUGGAAAGUCUUAUACGCCACCCUCUGUUAAGCCGAAGCUUGAUUCUCUGUAUAAAUCCACCCUCGUCUGCGGCGCUGCGCUCCAUAUUCUGCCCAUGCUGGGGCUUAUGACAAUCAGCCAAGGGCGUGAGUCAAUGAUCGACACCUUCUUCUCAGCCCUAGGGACGAUGUUUAUCCCACCUCGGCCAUGGGGAUACCCAAUCACUUCACCGACGGCCGAUUUAAUGUUUGAUCUUUUCAAGUGGGACAAUGUUAUAUGCUCUCUUGCGAUGGUUGGCUACCCAAAGCUUUACCUCACCGUGCUGUGGCAGUCAAUUCUUAUCGGGCCCUAUGCUGCAUCAGUGAUGGUACUCGCUAAGAGAGACAAAAUCUCAGAGAUUGAAACAUUGACGGAGAAAAACGAUUGA